AAAUCAUUCUGUUAUUUACUCUCUGUGCUGCGGCGCUUUCAUGUUGUUUCCUGGAUAACACAAAGGCACAGCAGAAGCAUGAAACCAGGUUGAGCAUAAAUUAUUUUUUCACAUUUUCAUGCAGAAGACAGUUGUGUUAUGUGCAGUGCACACACCUGUGCACACACGUUGGUGUGCUUGUGAGCCAGAGUGAUAGUGUAUGAUUUUGUGUAUCAAUGCAAUGCACAACACACACACACACACUGUGAAAUGAGCCCGUGUGUGUAUUUGUGUGCAGGUGUGGGACUUACUUGUGAGAGCGGCAGGUUUGGACCCCGAGGCGAUGACAAAGCGAUCAAACUCUUCGUGUCACAUAUAAAUUGCUUUGACCUUUUUUUUUUUUUUACUUUCAGGCUCAUGGCUCGAUGGCAACAAGGGACGUUUCACCCAACUGGAAAGAGUGCUCAAGUCUGCAAAACAUGAGGAAAUGGCAAGUGGGAAUAUUAGCAGUGAAUCGCUGCUGUCGCUCUUUACUAAAAUCACACCAUCUUACACUGAAUCAGGCCACUUUAUUAGGUACCCCUAUUGCUCACUAAAACAAAUUGCUAACUGGAUCCAUGGCAGUAAGUCAAUGCUUUGACGCAUCCAGACAUGAGGACGGCACUUUCAAGUUCAAGCGCCAAACAUCAGAAUGAAGUGAAAACGGGGACGAAGGUGACUUUCAACAUGGUGCUGGGUCUCACAGCUGUAAAGAUGCAAAAUAAGUGAGUCAACAAUUCGAAAAGCAUUCCUAAAACUGGACAAAAAGAGAGUGGGAAGUCUUGAUUCAGCUGCAGCAUUCCGUAGUUAUUUCAUCCCCUCUGCAGUAAGAGUGUUUAACUCCUCAGUUUACCUGGUACUGGCAUUAUCCUGUUACACAAUAACAUCAAUGCAAUGCAAUUUUCAUAGGUGUUCAACAUUGUGUACUGCAUAAAUGUUAACGUAGAUGUAAAUUAGAAUGCCUGUGCCCCUUAUGCUGCAUAGUUCUGAAAACCCAAGUUCUAUUUUUAUUCGUUGAUUUUAGUGGUUGAAGGUGACAAUAAUAACUCAUUGCCUUUGGUGAAUGUUCUGCUGUAGCAGGUUUCCCCACUGGGAUUAAUAAAUUCUAUUCUAUUCUAUUCUAUUCAGAUGGUUGGGUCAGAAUUGGGUGUUAUCAAAAUGAAAGCAUGGAUCCAUCUUGCCUUGUAUCAACACUUCAGGCUGCUGCCGGUGUUGUCAUGGUGUGGGGGAGAUGUUUCGUGCCCCCUUUGGACCCUUUAGUACCACCUGAGCAUGGUUUAGACACCACAGCCUACCUGAAUAUUGUUGCAUGGGUGUAGAACUGAUAAAUCUGCUGCACCUGUGUGAUGCCUUUAUGGAGCAAUUCGAUUGUUCAACAAAUAAUUAAAGCUGUUCUGUAGCAAAACGGGGUUUAGUCCUAAGAAAAUUUAUACUUGCAUUUUAUAUAUUAAUAUUUAGCAUCUCAGACAUUUUUUAUGACUUUAUGUUUUAUUUUUGUUUUGAUCUAUGUGAAGCACUUUGUAAUUCUAUGUCUGAGAUAAGUGCUAUAUAAAUAAAAUUUUCUUACUUACUUACGUUUUAAUGUUUAUGUCAAAUGCAUCUCCAACUUUGAUUGAGAUUCUAAUUUAUUUUUGCAGUUUGUAAAUGAUUCAAUUUGCUGAAGUAAAUUAUUAUUAUCAUUAUUAUUCAUAGUAGUAGUAAUAAUAAUAAUAAUAAUAAUAUGUUGUUGUUGGUUUUCUUUGUAUUGAGUGGGAAAAUCUGGUUGUGUUCAUGCAAAAUUUUGAAAGAAUUAUAUUUAAUUCAUUAUUAUUUUCAGGUAAACACUUGCGUGCCAACAGUUCUAGUCGCAUGAGUCGCGCGCUCACUUACUGUAAAGUCACGCGCACAAACGCACACAGCUGGAAACGGCGCGUGACCGGUAAACUCGCAAAAGCAUCCUUAAUAAUUUACUCGUAAGCUGCACUUGGUUUUGAAUGAUGUAAUUCUCAAGCAGCCGUGCCAAGGGCGAAAGUGUAACCGGGAAGAAGGGCGACCAAAAAAAAAGUUCCUGAAUGAGAGAGCAGGGAAGCUGGGGAGCGGAGAGCCGCCUGCUCUCAGACUUGUACCAAAGUUUCAACAACUCUAUGUUAAAGUCGCAGCUCCGAUGUGAUGUGGAAACGGUAAAAGGUGUUUACCUUGGAUUCAGUUUCUUUUCACAGCAAACUUUGAAAACACAAUAACCCUGCCGCUCACUCAUGAGCACAUACCCCCUGAGGAAUUUACUUCAACCAUGAGUGGAAAAGGCUGCCAGCUCCUAGUGUCUCCUUGCAAUAUGUCCCCAUCACUAAGUAUCAUUAGAGGACACCAGUCCCAAUCCAUCAGGAUGCCCGUGUCUUCUCCUCAACAAGCCAGACUUUACUCAUCCACAGGGAGGACAGAGAAAGUGAAAAGAGGAACUGACCAAACUUUUACAUCAGGGAAACAAAGCGGAGGCCCUGUUGUCCUGCCUGCCCUGAGCUUCCGGGGACAGGUGUUGAACAACAGACAACAUCCAAAUGAGUCCACUACAACACAGAUGCAACAACCUGCUCAGCAUUCCCUAAAAACAACAGCAACCACUGCCAAACCAAGAAGACACAGCUCCUCCAUCCACAGCUUUACAGAUUCUGCAGCGCCUGGGUCCGAUGGGGGUGUAUGCAGUGAGGCAGCUGGUGCUAGCCAAACGCUGACCUGUAGUUUUCUGUCAGGCCAGCAAUACCCCGCGGUGCCUCAGCUCCCAUCGUAUCAUAGCAUGCCGGUUCCGAACACCGAUGCCAGGUCAUUACUGUCCAGAGAGUCCCUGGCAUCAACUACCCUCAGCCUGUUUGAAACACAGUCAGUGUUUAGUGGCAAACAUGACUGGCCAUAUGGUUACCGUGUGCUUCCUCCCCUGGGAGUAACUCAGAGCUCUACCCAGGCCAAUGAGGGUGGCGAACAGUUCAGCCUGUCUCCUGGAACUGCCAUGUCGGGCACGACCGUAUCGGGUGGCACAAGCACCUCUGCCUCCCUUCCCUCGUACCUAUUUGCAGCUGAGGCUGGAAGCCCCCGACAAUCUCGUGCAAAGAAGAGAGCCCUCUCCACGUCGCCUUUGUCUGAUGUCAUGGGUAUUGAUUUCAAUGCCAUCAUACGCACCUCGCCAACCUCCCUUGUGGCCUAUGUCAAUGGUUCCCGCAGCUCUCCAUCCUCCCACUGCACUCUCUCACCAGUUCAGUCUGAAGGAUAUGGUCACUUCUUGGGGGUGAGAGGUCGCUGUAUACCCCAGAACCAUCCCUGCAGCAUAGCCAGCUUCUCACAAGCCUUGGCCCCACAGUCAGAGUGUGGCCGUUUGCAGAUGCUUGAAGAGGGACUGGGUCUGGAAGGCCAGAUGGCAAACAUGAUGGUGGAGCAGCAGUGCCUUCCAGACAAAGGAGGGAUCCUGGAGACGACUUCAGGCAGCUGCAGCCAAACUUUCAACAACAUUCUCCCACCUCUAAUGUUAGAGCCAACGCUGUUGGACACUAUACAAGAGGCUGCUACUCCACAAGGACCACCACCACCGUACCACUCACACCAACACAUAAAAAUCUCCAAACAUCCCUUCAAAAUUAAGGCUUCUUCUCAGAACCCUGUCUCAGGCCCCAUGCUUCCACACAGGCACGGAGUUGGGUUUUUACCCCAGAUUCCGAUGCUGGAGGAGGAGGAAGGUGAGGUGGAGGACUAUGGCACCCAUUGCUGCAGGUGGUUGGACUGCAGCACGGUUUGUGACCAAAAGGAGGAGCUGGUAAGGCACAUAGAGAAGGUGCACGUGGACCAGCAAAAGGCUGAGGAUUUCACGUGCUACUGGGUGGGAUGUCCACGCAAACUCAAGCCAUUCAACGCCCGAUACAAACUUCUUAUCCACAUGAGGGUUCAUUCAGGAGAGAAACCCAACAAAUGCUCGUUUGAAGGCUGCAACAAGGCAUUCUCUCGGCUUGAAAACCUAAAGAUCCACCUUCGCAGCCACACGGGAGAGAAGCCCUACGAGUGCCAGCACCCCGGAUGCCACAAGGCUUUCAGCAACUCAAGUGACAGAGCCAAACACCAGCGCACACACCUGGACACGAAACCAUAUGCGUGCCAGGUGCCAGGCUGUGCAAAACGUUACACCGAUCCCAGCUCCUUAAGGAAACACAUGAAGUCUCAUUCUAGUCAAGAACGGCAGUUAAGGAAGAAGAUGAAAUCCUCCGCUAAUGCAACCCAAGACUCGAUGACGGACUGUUUAACCAUCCACCCUCUACAUCCAAACCUUUCCCCUCUGGCAAGGCUAGACAACAAUGUGAACUCAUCUCUUGAUUCAACACCAGGACAAGGUUCCUACUGCACUUCCCACCCGGCUUUAAUGGACUCCUUACAAGAUAAUUACAGCUCAUCCCUGGGGAUCAGCGCGGGCCUUGCUCCUCCACCUGCCUCCCACCACCUCCCAGUAGACCAUCCCUGCAGAACAACUGUGAUCUGAAGCAGCUCGACCGGCUCCCCCUCCUCAUGUGAGUCCAGGUACUCAAAGAUUCAUAAACACAUCAGUUAGCAGGUUUGUCAAAAUGCACACAGACAGAAGAGUUUUACUGUAAACUAUUUAAAAAAAGUAAAAUUAUGUAAGCUUCGCGACUUGUAAAUAUUUUUGUGGUUUGACAACCAGAUUUUUCUUGUGCACGGCUAUCUGUUGUGCUGUACGCUUUGUCUUUAUGAUGUGAAGCAGAGGGCGGGUGACUUUCUUUUCAUUUUUAGACACAAUCAGUUUGUUUCUCUCUGCUCUUCUAUAAGUAGAUCUGCUAUAUUGCUGUUAGAAUCAACAGAAACAUUGACAGAGUUCUCUAAAAGGCAUUAUUACCAUUGUUUAACAAUAAAGGAGUGACAUUUUCUCUUUUAUUUUAAAAAAAAUUUGUCAAGUUAGUGUUAAUGCAGCUUUUUCCAAAUAAACUGGGGUAGACUGACUAAUUCACUAAUAGUUUUUGAAGUGUUUUAUUUUUAUUUUACUGCAAUUUUUAAACCCAUCUCUGUGUGUCUCUGUGCUCAUCUGCAGGAUUCAGUGUCAACGUUCAAACUGGAAACUCCUCAUGGCAUUUCACAGUAAAAGCAUGUAAAUCAACCAAAAGUCUGUUUAUUUCAUAAUAAAUGAAAAGGCAUGAUGAGGAAGCUAGAAAUGAAGAGGCUGUCACUUUUAUUUUCCAUUCCAUCACUAUCUGACUCUAUAACUCGGCUUCUUUCCUAAUUAACAUAAUGAGGAUUUUAAUGUUUACCUGCUUAUUUUUACCCAGCCUCCGUAGAGUACGUGCUAGUUUCAGGUGGCAUUUUCCACAAUGUCAACACUGCAAUCAAAGCAAUGUAUGUAAGGAAUCUUUUAUUACAGUUUUUUCCUAGAAUCCGUGUCUUGGUAACUAUAGUAACAAGACAGGCUUAUUAUUUCUCGGUUAUGCUCAUCCAUAUUACCUGUUGCUUGAAUGUAGUAACGUGCUGGGAGUGCUUCAGCUCUUAGAUAAUGAGCAAAUUAGUGUUUGUGAUCAUGCCAGUAGCGUUGAAUGCUUUGUGAAUUAUUUACACUUCAUUUGAAUUUUAUUUUUCAUAAGAUAAGAAAAGGGGACUUGUGGACUCAUAAAAAUAUGUAGAGGUACUAUUAUUAGUUGCUGUUUGCCAAUUUGUAAUUUUAACUUAGGUGAAAAUAACUCUAAGCAGCAAUGUGAUGUAAAUAUGUUUUGUAGACAUUGCAAUACCAAUAGUAAAAAAAAAUUAAGGUUUUGCAAAUGCUUUUUCCUUUUUUCUUGUCUUUUUUUAAUUAAAUGUUGAACAACUGCUUGGUUGUUUGAACCGCUGCCUUCCAGAUUGAUGGUUUCUGGUUCUGGCCCAGUGGUGCAGGUGUCUUCUGUGUGCAGUUAGCAUGCUUCCCUCAUGCCUACAUGGGUUUUCUCUGGGGGUUCUGCCUUCCUCCCACUGUCCAAAAACACCUUUUAAAGAGCAAGUCAACCCCUACCAGAUUCCUACUCAUCUCCUACUUCCUGUUUGAAAAAUGCGACAAAUGCUGUUGCCUAGCAGACCAAGAGGGCGGAGCCGCUAACAAUUACACACACAGGCUCACAACGACAUUGUGACAUCAUACGGUACCAGCUAACGUUCUAGGGUACCUCUUAGCCAAUAGCGAUGGCAGAUUUAAAUUAAAAUGCUGUGCAGAGUUUUUACCUGACAACAGCACAGCACUGACAGUUUUAGUCAGAAAAUUUAAAUUUCUACUAAAAUGCACUAAAGUGCAAAACUAUUGACUACACGUGUCUGCAGCACAAUUAGACACGCAUUUAUAUAGUUUAUCAGAAAAAAUAGUAGAUUUGGGGGUGACUUGCUCUUUAAAUUAUUUGGUGAUUCCACAAAAAAUGGAAUGAACUCCAGUUCCUUCACAAUUAUAAAUGGGAGAAAACAAUAAAUGGGAGAAAACAGCAAGAAAAGUUACUGAUUGCUAUAUUAAAAGGUGUUGAACACUUGUUUAAUCUAAAUCUUUGCAGUGGUCUCUGGUAGGAAUUAAUGCCUUGCAAGUCGUACUCUUGGCAAAAAGAAAAGCCCGGAAGCACCUGGAUCAGCUAGGACAAGUCUGCUGCAGCAGAGAACAGGAUUUGGAGACUAAUUUCUUGAUAUUUGGGCACCUUGCCUGAAACUACAGCAACACGACUCUGUUUGCUCUGCAACAUAAAUGUUUUAUCUCCACAAACAACACAAGCCUGGUGGAGUUUUUCUGUGUGGUGGAGUUGCUCAUGCUAAAGAUUAGCUUCUACUAGUCUGGAUAUUCUCUGCUGUUCCCUGGAAUCUAAACCAACAACAGCCUUCCUCGUCACAAGCCAAGAUGGAUGAGUCCAAGCGACCACUUGAUAAAGAUCUGUCAGGCUUUUCAAAUUCCAGAGUUUCACCAUCUAUUUUCUAUCAGAAGCUAAUGCAGGAGAUAGGUGUAGGAGACUAUUGAGACUAUUUUCCAUGUUCAGGCUGCAUGUUAAACUCAGAGUGACUGAUUAUAAUCAGAAACAAUCCUUAAAAAAUGGUGUUUCAGUGUUCCACGCCUUUAAAGCUUAGCUGGGACUUUGAAAAGUAGCUUCAUAAAACCUAAAAUAAGAAAAUAAAAUUGUUUAAACUGCUGAACUUAGUUGUGCCAGAAACAAUUAGCCAACUUUGCUCUUUUUUAUUUUUUACACGUAUAAAAGAAUUUAAGUUGGCACCAGCCCUCCACUUAUAUAAAACUAAAAACCGUUUCACUUGAAAAGAUUUCUUUUAACCAGAGAGUUCAGCUUCAGAUGGAUUUCACCAGUUGCCUAGCAACAGCGACAACAGCUUUUCCAAAAAGCAUCUGUUUAGUAACUGCUAAUCAAAUAAAAAAAUAAAAAGUACUGUGCAGCGGACACAGGUGGUUGGAUAGGCUCUGCGCUCGGUGUGAGGCCACUUAACAACACUCCCUUUGUUUGGUCACUGUUCUCACUCUUAAAGUUCUUGCAUGUAUUUUCGGAUCUACUUGUGCCAUGUGGCAAAUUAUUUCAACCUAUAGCACCUGCAUGCAUAUUUUUAGGAACAUUCAACACUUUCUGUACUAAAUGUCAUUGCCACACACACACAGGUCCAAGUCACUCAAUUAAGGCUGCAGUAUUUAUGGAAAUAAACAGUUGAAGGGAACACUUCAUUUUAAGGGGAAUCCACCAACUGUGUGCUUUAAAUAAAUGAGACGAUGCAGGCUGAGAAACAAAACCUCCGAUGCUAAAGCGGAAUUGCCCAUGAAGGCAAAUGUCUUUGCGAAUUAUGGUAGAAAUGGAGGAACAAUUGAGAACAGUGACAACCUGUAUCAAUUAAAUCAUCAGCCGUGCUGAAUGACACAUACUGGGUCUUCCUUGUGCACAUUCCUGGUUAGGUGCUCACACACAGUGUAGUGUACGACAGGCAAUCAUUCACUCAGAUUUUACUUAAAGUGACAUCCCACCAAUUUCUGCUUCCUUUUCAUCCACCCAGAGUGCUUUUGUGUUAUCCUGUCACACAGGAAGGGAAAAUGCAGAGUCUGAUCUUGACUGAGACAGAACAGUAGGUGACAAUUAUCAAAUCUAAUUUGCAAAAAAAGAUGCAUUUAAAGUAUGAAUGUAUUUAGGUUCAUGUUAGAUUUUCAAAGAUAAUUGCAUUGCCUUGACUAAUGCUUUCUAUUCAGCACUUCAAAGAGUUUAAUAACACUUCAGUUGUAAAUAUAUAAAAGCCAUUUUACUGUGUAAAACAUCCAAUAAAAACAAAUAUAUCAGGACAUUAAUCCUCUCAGGCUCAAAUUAAGUUUUGAUAAAAGGACCAACAACUAAGUCCUUCAGGCGUACUUCUGAGUUAAAAAAUGCUGAUGAAAUACGUAUGUGGGGUAACCAGGUAGGUAGGUUUUAACGUUGCAAACUUGCAACACCAUGCCUCCUGAGGGUUAAAAAAACAUUAAGAAGGGUGAGAACUGGUUAGAAUCUUGUUUUAGGGGAAGAGUUCCCCAUUCUCAGGGAAGGUUCCACACCAGGGGUCACCAACCUGGUGCCCCAGGAACCAUAUAAGGUGCCCACAGGCCUUUUCUCCAAAUAGAACAAGUCUGAAACAAAAUAGAACUCUGCUGCCACCUGUUUCAAUGGAACGGCAGUAGCUCCAGAGGUAGAGUCAGUUGUCCAGUAAUCGGAAGGUCGCAGGCCGAUCAAAAUUCGACAACGGAUUACGAAAGAAUGGAUAAUGCUUGAAACAUGCAGAUUCUUUGUGGAGUAAGAGGUGAGUCUACUCUUUCUUUUGUUAGUUCUGGCGUUGAUAUCAUCCUAGCACGCAAUGUUCUGUAACUCUUAAAAAAACAUUGAAAACGCUGAAAAACGCUGGCAGCGCAGGGCUUUUCUGAUCAAAAAAUGGCUGGCAGUUCAUGAAUUAAGUCACUGCUUCCUUGACGUUCCAAGUGCUCUGACCUGGGCCAGCAUCACGACUGUUGGGUGCUGAUUGGCUAAGUCACUGGUUGUUCCAGAGCUUUAUGCCUGCAGCCAUUUCCUGGUUCAGACUCUGAGCAUUUUUGUGCUAAGUUGUGUUUCAUACAGUUCACCUCAUGCUGUUUACUGAUUGUAUCAUGCUAUUUUUGUCUUGAGUAAAGAUAAGGUUUCUGUUGGCCAGUCAUAGGUAAGAUAUCCAAAUAUCAGGAAAUAAGACUCCAUAUCCUGCCACUUUCUCCUCUAGCUGACUUCUACAUCCUCAAAAUGGCGCACCAGAGCUUUUUUCCCAGAAAAUUGAUUGCAAGGCAUUAAUUCCUACUGUAGACCACUGCAAAUGUAUUAAAGCUAUGAGUAAAGUUGACCU